CCAGAAGAAGAAAGCUGUAAUUUUUAUGGUGUUGCGAGGAAGAAGAAGAAGAAGAAGAAAGCUGCAAUUGCAAGUAAUUAAAGGCGAAUUCUUGAAAAAUCCUUUAGAGAAAUGAGUGGUCACUGUUUAUUUGCAGCUUCACCUCCUCGUCUCUUGCCUCUUCGCUCAAUAUCAUCGAGUGUUUCUUCUUCUUCUUCUUCUUCUUCUUCUUCCGGUAGUUACAGAAUCAAAUUCUCCGAUGAUGCCGCCGUUGAGUGUCGGAAUCUAUGUUUCUCCGCUAGUACAAGACAAGGGAUCUCUGUUCCUAUUCUCCGAGAUUGCUCCUUUCGAAUUCCUUGUGGACAAUUGUGGAUGAUUCUUGGUCCCAAUGGCUGUGGGAAAUCUACUCUUUUGAAGAUUUUAGCCGGUGUAGUGAAUCCAACCAGCGGUACUGUCUUUGUGGAGAAACCAAAGAAUUUUGUAUUUCAGAAUCCUGAUCAUCAGGUAGUUAUGCCUACAGUAGAAGCUGAUGUGGCAUUCGGUCUUGGCAAGUAUCAUGACAUGGAUCAGGAAGAAGUUAAGUCUAGAGUGAUUAAAGCUUUGGAUGCAGUUGGUAUGCGUGAUUAUAUGCAGAGACCGAUUCAAACUCUUAGUGGUGGUCAGAAACAAAGAGUUGCCAUUGCUGGUGCUUUAGCUGAGUCUUGCAAAGUGCUAUUGUUGGAUGAGCUCACAACUUUCCUAGAUGAGUCUGACCAGAUGGGUGUGAUCAAAGCUGUGAAAGAUCUGAUAAAUGCAAAGAAAGGAGAUGUGACGGCAUUAUGGGUGACACAUCGGUUAGAGGAGCUGGAGUAUGCGGAUGGAGCUGUGUAUAUGGAGAACGGGAGAGUGAUCAGGCAUGGUGACGCAGCCACCAUCUCAGAUUUCAUUAAGGCCAAACAAUCCCUGUACAUUGAUCAAAUUGGUUCAUAACUUCUUCUGUUACAGAAUUUUUCUUUCUUAAUCGAAAAAAAGUGAAAGCAUAUAAAGAGGCAAUGAAAGAAGUCGAGAUUUGCUAAGAAUUUUGUAAACUAUUGUGAUCAUAUAGUUCUAUUGUAGUUAAAGCCUAAAUUUUGGGUUUUGAAUCUUCAUUGAUUCUCAGGUUAGAGCGAAGACGAUAUGUUUAGACGUGAGUUG